AUGUUAGCUCCAAAAGCGGCAAAAUCCGACAAAGGGCAAAUAGACAGUGAUCGGGCUCCAAACGGGUCGAGCUCAGAUUUCUCUGAAGAUGAUACUCCUCUCGCCGUACGAUUGAACACGCAAGGAACUAGCAGGCCAAAUGACACAGGAAAGCCACGUAUAAGGCCUUUUUUAUCCAAGAAAGGGGCAAGCUUUGUUAUUCCCCGGAAAAAGAAACAGACAAACGGUAAUGCCUACUGAGAUUUGUUGCUGAUUUGUUACGUUGAUCAUUUCCAAACUCGUCUGAUUUUUCACGUUUAACCAGUGCAAAUAAGCUCAUACCAUUUUAUACUUUUCUUUGCAAAUCAGAACUUCUCCAGGUUUCAGAUUUUAACUCGAGAGAUGGAAAAGAGAUGCUUCGAAAUGUGGAGCAGUCGUACAGAGAUCCAGCUUUGGGAGCGACGUUCAAGUUUGAAAAACUUGAGCUCGUACAUAACGAUAAAUUGUCCGCAGAGGUAAAAAUAAAUAUUGUUUGAACCAAUUUUUACUUUCUGUAAACAAAACAGCAUUAUUUGAUCUUUAUGUAUCACUUACGUCUGUUAUUACGUGUUCUAUCCCUACAGUAUCAAGAAAAGAAGCAAUCAAUGAGAAAUGAAUGGCGAAAUGCACGAGAACUUGAAGACAAAUUUGCGUUCCUGUACACGCUUGAACGCAACGAGGUUUGUUACGUUCUUUAGGUUACUUUACCGACGACACCUUUGUAGUUCUGCAAACAUCAACUGCACUUAUAACUUAGCCAAUUCAUUCAUUUUCAGUUGGAUUUGGCAGGUUACUUCUACGUUAUUUUUAUUUUGCUAGUGGGCACAUUAAAAUGUUGAUGAUUUCCAGGUAGUUUUAAAGCGCUUACGAACAAAAAUUAUUUUAAUUUUGUCAGCAGUAGACGCGUUAUUUCGUGAUUUUCGGCAUAUUUAUUCCGCUUGAUAUCUAAGAAUGAUAAGCUUAGAUUGAAAGAUGACCAGUUUUAGAAAAGAAUACUUUUCAUGGGAUGAGUUGAGGUUGAAGAAGGCACCACAGCCUACACGUUAUUAAAAUAUCGUAUGUUUGUGUCUUCGGUUUCCAGAGAAAUUCCUUGUUUCCUUUCCUGUUUUUCUGCACUUUUUAAGGAAUGAAUUUAAUUACUGCUCAGUUUAAGCAUAAUGUUAUUUUUUAAGAACUUAACCAAAGGCGCUGUCAAGUAAAGCCAUUAUCUGGAAAACCAUCUGUUUAUCUUAGGGUGGCAUGAUAUUUUUUUAACAGGAUACUGCUUUGCACGGAGUUUGUUUGCAAGCGUUUUGGAUAAAACCGAAAUUUUAUCUUGAAGUAAUAAACAAUGCUCAAAUUACAGGAUCAGUAAAAAUAUUGAAGAAAGUGAAUUUAUCUGGAAACCAUCUGCCAUGCUGUUGUCCAUAUCACAGCAGGUGGCUGUGUAUUAUUUUUGUAGAUUAUUUAGUGUAGCAUUUGCAAUAUUUUAAUUCUGAAAAUGUUUGUAUGUAAGUAGUUUGUAUUUUAUAUAGAACUGAAAAUAGUAGUUGUAUGAACUGUAAGGUAAAUGUGAUCAUACAACUGUUGUCAGUUAGUUUCUGGAAAUUAAGCUUACAUGUAUAUCAGGUGCCUCAUUUAUAUGCUGUCUUUUUUUGUUUGCCAUUAUACAGUGAAACCUGUAUUAAGCGGACACCCUCGGGGAAUGCUGUAGUGUCCGCUUAAUACAGGACGUCUGUCUAAUACAGGUUUUAUUAGAAAAUGUCAUAUGAGGUGUCAAAUACCAUUCAAAUGAACAGUGGAAACGUUUAGAAUACUCCCAGAGACUAUGACGAUAUACGUUUGCAGUAAUUUCUUUAUUUAAGUGGACCAGUUGAUCAAAGUACCAUAAACAUAGAUUGCAACUUGAACUUGAAGACAUCAGAUGAGUGAAACAAGCUCUAUACAAACAAAACGAAAUAGAAAACACAACUGUCCUGUGAAACUAAUCAAAUAAGUUAGUCAAGUCACGUUUUUAAGGUAAAAAAAUGAAAAUUUGUGGGUGGCAGUCUUUUGCAUUUUCGGUGUCUGGCAUGUUGGGUGGUGGAAAUUAAUUACAAGUGUCCGUUUAAUACAGGUUGGAAACAAUAGAAAUGACCAUUUCAGGAAUUUUUUAGGUGUCUGCGUCCGCUUAAUAGAGGUGUCCACUUAAUAAAGGGAAAUAGAUUUGGGAACUUCGGCUACUGUCCGCUUAAUAGAGGGUGUCCGCUUAAUACGGUGUCCGCUUGAUACAGGUUUCACUGUAUUGAGCAGCUAUCCCCAUGCAUAUGGACUGUCUUUCCAUUUCAUUGGAAAGUUGUUGAUUAUGCAGAUUGUGCUGCCAAAUCAUAUCAAUUGUGGACAAAUUUCCUCUAUACUUGAGUCUUAGGUGGUUUUUACAUGAGAAAACUUGUACCGGCGCGAGUUUCACACCAGGAUGACUUUUUCGUUUCAUAUCACGUUUACGUAAUGACUGGGUGGUCAUUUCAUAUCUUGAUAUUUUAAGGAACACUUCACGUUGAUCAAAUACAUACGCGAUUCAAAAUCGCAAACAUUGUGUAUGGACUGCCUGUUCCAGUCUAUCAGCAGACUGAUUUCACACCGAAAUGUAUGGUCAGUUUGUGUUUACAUGAUACCAUUGCGAGAUUUUGUACCAGAGUGAAAUUCUCACCCCGAUACAACAACUCACACAAGGGUGACUCGCCCUGGCAUGACAUUUUGUGGUGGUAUCAUGUAACAAAUGUAGAACCAUGAGAGGUUGCAUUUUUUUGUAUGAACCCUGAGGGAGGUGAGCGAAGGUAGUGAAAAGUUUUAAAAAAUUUAAUCACUGCAUUGGUGCAUUUUAUCAUUUUACUGUUAUGAGUGACUGAAUUGGUAGAAGUAAGGGUGAAGGUGGAAACUGCACUUUUGCAUGGAUAGAAUUUAGCCUAUUUCUUCACACCACAGUAGUGACAGUUUUCAUCUUCAACAGGCUAAGAGAAUCUGCGAGUUGGGACUGGAAGUUGGUUCGUCAUCUUUAUCUUGUCUGGGUGACCCUUCAAUGGGUAAGCAACUAAGUACAAACACAUUUAUUUGUAUGUUGUGGUGACUAUUCUAACAAUGACGUAACUAAAUUUAAACCUGAAAUCUUUAGUGUCUAAGAGGGUACUCCUUUCAUGUUUGAUAAUAAUAAUCUUAUUAAACUCUUUCUAGUUUGAAUUUUCCCAUGAACAAUUAAACAAUUUUGCUACUUAUUCCUCUUGUCGAAAACAGGUUUUAGGAUCUGUUUUUGUAAAUAUCAAGGCUUUUAUCAAGAACUGGGGGCCAAAAAUGUUUACCUGGGCCCAGUUCGUCAAAAGAUAGUUAAGCAUAACUCAGGAUUAAGCCAAAUAUUAAGCAAGGAUUUCUCAUCUAAGAACAUGUAACUCAAGUGUACAAAGUGCAGGAGAGCCUUUACUCCAAGGUACAGCAAUGAUAACACAAAAUGUUACUCUAAGCAAUGCAUAGGAAGGUAAAUACACAAAUGGAACAAAAUUUAAUCCUGGAUUAGCCCUAAUCAGCCUUUCAAGAACCAGGCCCUGGCUUUCAAUUUUAUUGAUAAAAAAACAGUGGGUCAACAACAAAACAGUGAAUAACAAACACUGGGCUAUAACCCUAAAACGUCUUCAGGAGAACUUUGUUGCCUUUGAGCACACAGUUCUGCUGGUUAGAGCCAUCACAGCUUAGUCACCACUGUUUAUCCUUUUUGCCAGGUGUUUACCUUUGCCGUCAUGCUGAUGUAAUUUCCAGGAAACCUCUACCUCUUGCUGCCCUGGGAUACUUGAUUAUUUUCAAAGUCAUUAAGGUUUGUGUUACAACCACUUCAUGGCCAUAUUAACAUGUUUAAGUGAAAUUCCUUACCAAGUUCAGUUCUUUUGAGCUUUCACUAGACUUCUGUUGUUUAUUAAUAAUUAAUUAAUUUUUUAUGCCAUCAUUCAUUCACUUAGUGAUAAAUUUAAAUUUAUGUGUGCAAAUUCUCACAUUCAUGGCUGUAUACACAUCCACAAUGUUACUGAAAUGUUACAUCACUAUUCUUAAACUACUCAGCCCUCGUAUCAUUGUCUUGCCACAACAAAUUCAUGCAAAUCAUUAUGGUAAAGACAAUGUUUGAACAUUUCCUAAUACACAUAUGCUUUGCAGCAGAACUGCUCUUCAAGGUUUUUAAAUGUAAUUUUAUUGCACCUUUUGUUUGCAGGGCAAGGUGAAACCUGUCACGGAAAGAACAGCUGGUACAGACUUGCUUGAACCAACACCAAACUUUGAUUGUCAUAUAUCAAGAUCCAUUCAAAACCUUCCUGCCAACACUCCACUUAGCCAACUGUUUGAUUAUUCCCAGGUACUUCUGUCUUCUCUCAGCUUCUUACCUGUCUUUGUAACAGGCUGUAAUCCUGGUUCUCAUAUGCCCCUGUUGUACCUGCGACAUAGUCGUGAAUACUGCCUGCAUUACUGCUGGGACAUAUGGGAAAAUGCACUGCCAUUUAACAAGAAACAUUGCAUGUCUUUACCUCUGGAAUGCCCGUGAAGUUGAAAUCAAGUCAGCUUUGCAAGUAUGUCAGCAGCAAAGACUGGGAUGGCCUCUGUUAACGGCAACUUCUGUUUUCAUCUGGGAACAGUAUCCAAGGUAGUACCGGAGGCUACAUCUCAGGGUGCUCGGUGGCAUAUGAGAACCAGGCUUAAGAGCUAAUAUGAGUGGUGGCUGAAAGGGUGAAGGAGGCCUUCAUGUGUUCGAUGAGAAAAGGAGUUCUUGUUGUACCCCUACAGGGUUAUUUUUCAAAGUGGUCUAUGUCAAGGCACCUGGACAAGGUUUCAAGAGUAACUGGGUUGCCUAAAAUAGGCAGCUAUCAGUACAAUUCUUUGAGAAUAACAAACUUAAGAAAAAGCAGUCAGAACAAAAAUUAAUGAUUUACAGGUAAUAAAUAUUAUAUUCUGAGACCUGUUACCUGAGAUCAGGUAAGAGUUAGGAAAGAACACAGAGUAGUUGUACUGAUACUGCCGAUCAGGAUGUACUCCCUAUAUACAUGGACAUUACAGAAAUGAAACACUUUUAGUUGACUUAAACUAACACACUGCUCUCUUAUUUAUUUUCAGUAUUAUUUCUAUGAGUUUGCUGAAGAGGGUGAUGAUUUGCAUGUUAAGCGACCGAGGCAGUGUCUGCCUUAUGCUGUUAUAACUUUCAGUCUUGGAGAUUUCUCUACAGCUUUUCAGGAAUUAUCAAUUACACAGGUGAGUUCAUUUGGUCACAGGUGAGUUCAUUUGGUGAAAUUUGGUGGUAAUGACAAGUGUCAAAUCUGUCAGCCCCAAUAUUGGUACAAAUUAUUCUGAGUUUCUAAUUUUUCAUUUGAACUACUUAGGUGUAAUCUCUUGAAAUGGAUUAAAAGGCCAAUGGCAGGGCCCAGUUGCAUCAAAGCUCAGUUAAAUUUAAGUUUCUCUUUAAUCAGCAGAACAUUUUCAACAACUUGCUGGACAGAAAGAAUUAAAACGGAAACUUUUUGUGUCUGCACUAACCCUGGGUUUUUGCUUUACAUUUAAUUUCUUUGCAAUCCCUGCUUUACCGGGUUAUGAAACUCUAUAAUGUGACUUUUAAUGGAGGAUGUGCAAAGACUUUCACUUUUCCCUUUGAAACUUAGAUGUGGUGUCUUUGCUUCCCAUGUUGUUACAGUUGCAUUAACUCCCUGAUGUUGAUUGUUGUUGUCUCUGCAAAGCCUCUUAGUAGGAGACAAUAAUUGAAGAGCCUGGCGGUUAAAAGGCAGAAUUUGCUAUUUUGCUGUGAACUCCAAAUGGACUUAACUGUGGUGCAAACCUCUGUUUAUCAUGUACUUAGUUUAAAGAAAAAUUUUAAAUAUCAAAAACUAGCAUGCUACUGUGGUGUUAAUGGACUUAAAUGAACAAACAUUGUUUAAAAGUUUCUUUUUAAAGAAAAGUUUUGAAAAAUGGGAUGAAAACAAGUCCUACCAUUAUCUUGCUUCCAAAUAAAGCAAAGCAUUUAAAAAGUUUUUUUUUGUUUGUUUUCUUUUUAAAGGGGGAUCAAAACAAGUCCCACCAUCAAGAGAAAAAAAAGUCUCUAGGGUUGCUGUUUGAUUCUUGGCCUCCUUGUUAUAUUUACUCAGCAAUUUGAAAUCUUGACAGCCCUGUGUGUCUGUUGUUAAUGCUUGCUACUAGAUUUACUUUUAAAUUGCAUAGAAAAACUUCCAAACUGAGCAAUGCCAGUGCGUGAUUGUAUAUUAUCUUUUAAAGGAUGAAAUGCCAAGCAAAGAAAACAGCGGGCUUUUAGGCACAAUCCCACCUUUAAUGAGACCAAGCACAAGUAAGUUUUAAUUUUUGACUCUUGGGAAUUUUGCAGCAUCACCAUAAUUUCCCAGUGUUUGUUGCUGGAUGCAUAUUAGUGACCUUUAGUUUUUAAGACAAGGAUGGCUAUGAGGACAAGAUUUUCUCAAUACUAGGAAUUGUACAUGUGUGGACCAACUUCAUUUUGACAGAAAAUGUAGUAGCUGUUGUUAUUUCUAGCAAGAAUGUCGUGGUGGCGGAACAAGUCAUCACAUUGUUAGAAGUUUUAUCAUUUUGUGACUUAGAGAGGGCUUAACCUCCUUCAAUAAAAAUAACUGUGCUUACGUGUUGAGUUGAAAAAAGUACGACAAAGCUGUUAUGGGUGUCUAGUUUUUGAGGAUGUGCAAAAUACCUUUAGUUGAAUCUUGUCAUAAUGGCCCAACUGUUGCAUUGGAAUUUGAGGGUACAUGACACAUCUCAAGGCUUUAAACCCAAAGAAAGGAGUUAUUAAGAAAAUGGAGCGUAAAUGGUAUUUCAUGCAGAUGUUUAUCUCACUUGGCUGUAGAAAGACCAUAAAAACAACUAAUAAGCACUACAUCUUGGCACUUGACUGUCAAACGCACGUCACCAAACUUGUUGUGUUGGUGGAUUGUUGACACUUGUGUAAGGAGUUGUUUGAGACAUUCCCUUGUUCUGCAUUAUCAGUUUGUGUUAGUGUGUAACUGAUAUUAUCUCUCACCAUUACCAGGAAUUGUUGAUAACAGACAGGGAAGAACCAGCCAUGUUCUGUGGACUGGAAAGAUUUCCAACAAGGAUAGGAUCUUGGCCAACGCUCAGCUUGUCUGCCACUCUUUGCAGAAAACCAAACUCCCUUUUGACAUGUAAGUUCAUACUUAACAUGAACAUCAUCUUUCUCCUCUUAGAUAUGUGGCAUUGUGUUUGUCAUUUACAGAAGCAUUUUGACAAAAUUUUUUUUCCAUUACAAGUCUCUCCCGCCCACUCCUGGUCAAAUAUUAUUGUAAGUCAUUCUAACAAACACAUUUUCAUUUCAUUUUUAUUGGUCAUUCAGGAUUUACAAUUUUGUUUUCUCACUACCCACAAACAGCAAAGCCAGUCUAGGUGGGCAGCAUCAAUGUUACUCGUCAAAAUUAAAUUGAGGUUAAGAUUUUUUAACCUAGGUUGAUUCUAAAUUCUAUUUUUCUCCUAGCCCUAAUUCACGAAUAAGUAGGGCAAGGAGACAAAGGAAAUGGAGAUUCAACCUAGGUCAAAACAUUUUUACACGAUUUAAAGUUUGACCUGUUACAUCAAAACAAAAAAAAUCCGGUAAGUGACAACUGAAUGUCUCCCUGUAAGCAGUAAGUUACAGCAACUAAAACACAGUCACAGUGAAAGAUGUUAUCAAGCAGUUUUCACUAGAGAGAGGGAAAGCCUUGGUACAUAAGUAAUUCCUCUUAAUUUCCACUUUCACUUUUUUGGUUUGUAUUUUAGUGGUGAAAAGAUUGUGAUGAGAGAGAAAAUCUCCUUUGAUCAGCUGAGGCCGUUCUUAACCUUCCCACUUUUUCGUGCUGGUCCUCCAGUAGAAACAAAAAUAUGUAAAGGUGAGUUAAUAGUAUGAUCAUUAAUUGUGGAGUAUUUUGGUUUUUAUGAGCAUCUGUUUUGCUCUACUUGUAAUACAUGUAAGUUAUGUUGAUCAUAAUAAUAUGUAGUGUAGUUCUUGGUUAUGGGGUUAUGCAUGGGAAAAGAGGGGGAUUUUUUGCAAGAGGGGUGAAGGGGGUUGAACAUUUAGACCCAAGGCCCAAGGAACUUCCAAGGUCCACCCACAUCAUCCCUUUGUUUUUGAGCCACCAAUGCACAUCAGAGAAUCGUAGACAAUCCUCGAAAUUUUAAGGUUAAUAUUUUGAGUCUGAUCCCAAGAGGCAGGUGAAAUUGCAUGCUUUCAGUUAGUUCUAAAACUAUUAUUUAAAAUUAUUGCUUUAAAAUCAAUUAAUAUUUUGUAGCAUCCAUGGCUGGUGAUAAAAGUUUCUUUCUGCACUGUGAUCUACUCCCAGUGGAAGACGAUCAUGGAAAGAUUAAAAAACUUGUCAAGUUUUUCCAAGAAAAAAAUUGGGUAAGUUAAUAAAUAAUUUAACUACGAAAGUAAACGUGAAAAAAGAACAAGGUUUGAACCCUCCGAUGGUCAUUUUCACGUUUAGCAAAACAAGGUAAAAAAAAGCGUGUGUUUAUAUACUCUUGUGAAUGGACUUAUGAGGUACUGAAUUAAAAGCUGUAAAAUAUUCAUAUAAUCCGUAGAAGCAAAGAUAACACAAUGAACAAUAAAAGUGAUGCUAAAAAUGAUAAAAGAUAUUUAAAAGUGAAAUAAUCAAACAAACAAAGCGAAAUUAUCAAACAAAUAACUUCACACGGAUUGAGUUGCAUUGUUUCACUCAAAAUAUAAGCACAUGCUAAUUAUUUACUAAUUAACCUGAACUUGAAAAAGACCGCUGGAUGGUCGAAACAUCAUUCUUUUUUAGCAUUAGCUUUUAUUGUUACAUCCUUUUAGAAAAAUAUGUUGAAAGUUAAUAAUUAACUAACACAGCGUUUGCUACCUUUCAAUUGGAACUGGUCUUUUCUUAUGUUGUUAUGUUAUACAGUCAAAGCUCUUGUAAGUGACCACCUUGGAAAUUUGAAAAAGUGGUCAUAACUAGAGCUGGUGGCUUAUGAGAAUUACCUCUCGUAAAUGACCGCAAAGCGAAACAAUAGAGGGUGGUCGCUCACGAGAGCUUCAAAAACUCAUUAGUAAUUUAUAAAGAAAAAACAAAAAAAUUAAUGUUUAAUGAGUGUCUUUAAAUCUGAUAUUAGACACAGCUAAACGUUGGGUCCACUAUUUUAGACCAAAAUAACCUCAAGGUCUUUAUCAACGAACCAUUAGUGCAGUGUGCAGUUUCAUUUAAGUGUUGUUUUUUUUAAAAAAAAGAUCUUGAGUGGUGGCUUACAAGAGCUUAAAAACAAAGGAAAAGUCCAGUUGGGAAAUCCCAAAAGUGCUCAUGGUCUUGGUCACUUAUGAGAGCUUUUUGUGACAAAGUUUAAGUCACAAAUCAAACGGGGUUUCACAGAGGUGGUCAUGACUAGAGCUGGUCGCUUACCAGAGUGGUCGCAAGGAGAACUUCGACUUCAUGUAGUUAAUAAUCCCAUAAUACAUUUACUCAUACCUAGUCCGCCAUUAUGUGAAAGCCAGUGGUGAUGAUUAUACGACAGGACAUUGUAUGGGAGACACUGGGUUGCCUUGGUUUUCAAGAUUGCUAAUUGAAAGUGUAUUAAGAUUGUAUUAAUGAACAGACGUAUGUGUCUAACUUUUCAACAUUGUCUCUCAACUUUGUCUCAAAUUGCAGGCUGGUAUUGUUAAAUGUCCUGAUGCGAACAGAGUCAUUUUCCUUAUACCCACCUCUCAAGUCACUCUGGAUCUUGGUAAGUUUGCUUUAUUCCAUUUCAUGUGAAGCACAUUUUCUGACACAGGCAGUAAUAGCAUAGCUAGUUUCUACUUCUAACAGUUAUUUGGUUUCUUCCUCAAAAUUUGGCAUGGAAGUAAAAGAUUAGAAUGAGAUAAGGACUGAACAACCAGUAUAUGAAAGGAGAGACCAACUGCACUCUUCUUUCUCUCGUAUAAUAGUUUGAAAGUACUGAAAAAGCCUUUUGUCUGUUUCCUGUUUCCAGUAUCACCCUCACAAUGACCUUGCAGGUGUAACAUACAAUUAGUAGGAAUGUCAACCCAAGUGUUAAUUGUGUGCUUUUCCUUUUCAAAUUACAGUGUAAUGUGUUUAUUUAUUUUAUCUCGUAGGAAUCACCACAGUAGAUUCUCCUGCAGCUCUUCAUGUACUUCUUUUUGUAAAUACACAGAAAAAUUCCAAAGGUGAGAUAGGUGUUAUUAACCCUGGCGCUGCCAAGUAUUGCCAAAACGAAAAUUUUCAUUUCAAAAUUUCAUCCAGGCAGUGAUUAUAUCGCUAUGCAGUAACUCACAUCCUGUAUUUAUUUUGAAAUUAGUGCUUACUCUUUGUUAGACCAUGGAAGGCAGGGUGCUGAUCUGUAGAGGGAGAGAUCAUAGGUUUGAUCCCCUGUGUUCAGGACUGAAGAGACUGGUCUCUCAGGGAGAGUAGCCAGUCAUAUAUCCGGCAAUCCUCCUAUUUUUGUUCUAUUUGACUCAUUUUCCAAGUUAGAGUAGCUUGCUGAAUUUAAUGCAUUAGCCAGUUAAAAAAGUUUUUGCUGUCCAGGUCACAAUUGUGUUGGAUCAAGGAAACAGUGUUUAAUCAGGAUACUAUCUCUUAUUAUUUAUCUCAACCUUUUUUUGUAUCUUCCCUUUUUAUUUACAGACCCUUCAGUGAGAGAGGACAGCUCCAGAGAAGUAAAGACAGUCAUCCAAAUUCAAGAUGAGCUGAAAAGAUGUUUUAGUGAUAUCAGAGAGAUCCCCACUGAACAGAAAAGAUUGAGCCUGGACUCUGUAAUACCCCAGGACAGAACUUCACAGGAUUCUAAAGGACCAGAGUUUGUUAAGGAGUUAACCAAUGAGCAAACAGCAACAUGGAAAAAUGCAGUCGAAAACUGGCUUAGUAGACCACAUCCCUUACACCACCCAGCUCCUGUUGGUACAGCUAAAACAGCUGAUAAGCUGCCUUCUCCUUUACUUAGCAUUCCAAAGACUAGAGAACAACAAGCAGUAAUGUCACAAAAUAAGUUCAUUCAAGAUGUGCAAAUUUGUCAGACAGGAGGUGCAGAGCAACAAAGAGCAUUUGCCAGAACACAAGCUGAUGAGAGAAUAUCCAUGCAAUUGAAAGGUGACAGCGGAGUACGGGAGCAGAACACCGGACCACCUCUUGUGCCCCUAGUGACAAAGAAAGCAGAACAUAGAGAGGAUCGGACAGGAAGUGCAGAGCAACAAAGAGCAUUUGCUAGGACACAAGCUGAUGACAGAAUAUUGAGGCAACUAAAAGGUGACCAUGGAGCACCAGAGCAGGACACCAGACCACCUCUUGUGCUCCCUGUGACAAAGAAAGUAGAACAGAGAGAGGACUGGACAGGAAGUGCGGAUCAACAGAGAACAUUUGCUAGGACACAAGCUGAUGAUGGAGUAUUGAGGCAACUGAAAGGUGACAGCAGUAUAGGGGAGCGGGACACCAGACCGACUCCUGUGCCUCUGGUGACAAAGAAAGUAGAACAUAGAGAGGACCCCAGACUCAAGAGACAUUCAGUUGAUGGUGAACCUAGCCCAGAAUUAGAAUCUCCUAAUCCAGUCAAAGGUAAUGACAGUAUGCCAUAUAAUGCACAGAAUGCACUAAUGGCACAAGGUGUGAUUUCUUCUUCUGUCUCAACGUCAACUUCAUCAGUGACAAGUCAGCAAGUCAAGUAUCAAGUGAAUGAUGAAACUGUUAGAACCGUUUUGGGGAAAUUACAGAUUCCAAAGCACAAGGACUUGGCUUAUCAAGUUAGUGUCAAUGAUGGUACAAGAAAAGCUUUAGAAAUACUGAAACAAACGGAAGAGUCAAAGACAAUCACUGCUGAUGAUGCGAAAAAAGAUGAGGGUAAGUUGGUCACUGCUGUAAGAAAAAAUGACGGGAAGUCCCCGAAGAAAGGUAACUUAAGUGUCCCAAAGGACAAGGAGAAGCUAUCUGUCAAAGAAAGAGUCGCAUUGCUUCAAAGGAAAGAACAUAAGGAAACAAGGAAAGAAAAGAGGCAAGAGUCAUCGGAAAGACCUGAAAAGAAAAAGGCCAGGAUUUCCAAGGGUUUAGAGAGAAAUGAUGCCCCUGUAGAAAAGCCUGAAAAAGCAGUUGUACAGAGUCCAAUACCAGAACUUUCAGAUGACUCUUUCCCAGCCAUCUCAUCAAAAUCUUUAGCAAUGCUGAAAAGCCCACCUUCAAAUGCUGGUCCGACUUCCAAAGCACCUAAGUUAAAGCUGAUCUUAAAACCCAGAAAUAAAAAUGAACCCUCUGCAGGGCAAGGGAUCAACAACAGCAAGUCAUCUGAACAAAAACCAACAGAUGUUCCUGAUGAAACAAAGUUAGAUAACAGAGACAAGCCUGAUCUUGGGGAGGUAAAUAGGGAUAGAAAGUCCAUAGAUUCACCGGUUGCUAUGGAUCUUAGUCCUCUGUCUCCACCCAGUAUAUCCGGUUCAGUUAGCCCCAUAACUGUGGUCUCUUCAAAAGGGAGAUAUAAUCCAGUGGCAUCUUCUAAGGCAGCUCCCACGACUCCUGUGAAUUCCACUCCAGCUCCAUCAUCGUUUCCUUUCAGCCCUCCUUUUCCACAAGGUCCAUUCAGAAGUCCAGUAUCACCUGUUGGGUUUCAUGGUCAAUCAAUGUCAAUAACUCCCUCAAGUGGAUCUGCUCCUUCCAUCCCUGGCAUUAAUCCCACCUCAUCAACACCAUCUAGUACCCCAAUGCCUUUUGUUCCUCCGGUUCCAGCUAGCCCUGUUUUAACACCAACAUCUGUUGCUCCACCACCUCCAUCUCUUCCUAUGGCUACCUCUAUACCUCCAGCAAAUGCACCUCCAACCACUGUACCACAUGGAUUAUAUCCGCCAGCCAUUAAUUCUAUGCCACCUAGAAUUGGAAGCCUGCCCACUUCUGUUCCACUUGGAGUAAGGCCUCCUGUAGACAGUCCUUUAUUUACAGUCCCUCAACCUCCAGCAUUCCCUGGAAAUGUUCAGAGGAGAAACAGCUUGGACUCAGUACCCACUAAUGUAUCCUCAUCCCCUGGAAUGUUUCCACCGACACUGCCAGGUCAACAAUGGAGACCACCUGCUCAAGGGUUGCCAUUCCCCCAUCCUCGUCAACCUGCAGUGAAUGUUCCCCCAGCAUCUCUUCCAAGGCCUUCACAUCCUCUUACUAUGGUCAGGCCACCUGUUUUUGUACAGCAGUUGGGUCCUUCACCACAAGUAAACCCCCUAACAGUACAACAAGCAAACACUUCACAACAAUUUGGAUUUCCACCAGUGGAAGCUCUGAGAUUUGGUGUUCCACCAGCAACACCACAGCGAAUGCCUUUUAUGCGUCCCCCUUCAUUACCUAAUAUGGUACCUUUGCCACCCCAACUGGGUGGAAUUUCAGGGACCCCAAUGGCCCCAUUUUUUCAGCAAAUUUCUUUUCAGCAACGUCCUACAGGAUUUUGGCUUGCUCCAGUGAAGACCCCAGCUGUGUCGGAUGCCAAUUUGGGUAGAAUGCCACUUCAUCACAAUUCAGUGCAAAAACAGGCAAAUGGAUCAGUGCCAUCAUCGUCUCAUAAAAGCUCUGAUCCAGUAAAACGGUAUUCAAGAAGUGAUGAUGGUGCUAAAGGAGAAAGAGAUGAUAAAAAGGCAGAGAAAAGUGUGCUUCAAAAGAAAAAUUCUGAUGAAAUGAACCCCAAAGAAGAAAAUUCUGUCAACAAACCCUCUUUGAAAGUUAAUGUGGUGAAGGGACAUGUUUUAAACACAUCAGAUAUAAGUGAUGAGUGUGUCUCAGAAAGUGAGAAAUUAAAAACAGUGAGUGCCACUGAAGAGAAAACAAGUGAAGAGGAUGCCCUAGGUACAGAUGCUGAGAAGGAGUUGAGUGCUGAUCAUUUUGAACAACCAAGGGAUAAAAACCAAACAAAAGAUUUCAACAAUUUACAGGUGGAUGAGAAACAUAUGCACGAAGAAACACCACUUGAACCAAUGUUGACUUCAGAUGCUCUUAGCAGUAAAAGUGAACAGGAAUUGCCUGUUGUUGAUGGUGGAGAAGAAGACAAAUGUGCCGAAAUGCAAGAUGGAGAUGAUUUUUUAUCAAGGAAGAGGAUCUGUGAAGCCCAGCAAGCAAGCCCGAUGGUGUCUUCAGAUGCUCUUAGCAGUAAAAGUGAACAGGAAUUGCCUGUUGUUGAUGGUGUAGAAGAAGACAAAUGUGCCGAAAUGCAAGAUGGAGAUGAUUUUCUAUCAAGGAAGAGGAUCUGUGAAGCCCAGCAAGCAAGCUCGAUGUUGACUUCAGAUGCUCUUAGCAGUAAAAGUGAACAGGAAUUGCCUGUUGUUGAUGGUGUAGAAGAAGACAAAUGUGCCGAAAUGCAAGAUGCAGAUGAUUUUCUAUCAAGGAAGAGGAUCAGAGAAGCCAAGCAAGCAAGCCCGAUGGUGUCUUCAGAUGCUCCUAGCAGUAAAAGUGAACAGGAAUUGUCUGUUAUUGAUGGUGUAGAAGAAGACAAAUGUGCCAAAAUGAAGGAUGGAGACAAUUUUGUAUCAUGGAAGAGGAUCAGUGAAGCCCAGCAACCAAAAAAUUCUUACGGGGAGAGUCAAACAUCCUUCUUUCAAUCCACAGUAAUGUCCACAGAGUCUUCCAGUAACAAGAGCAGUAAUGUGCUUAAAACGCAAAACAGAGAUCAGCUUGUGGAAGAAAACAUAUCCUUUCCUACUUCCUUAGUAACAAAUUAUGUCACUGAAGCAGAGCAAACAAGCAUCAAAGCUGUUAAAAAAAUCUAUGACAUUCUGAGAAGCAAUGCUUCAGAACCACAGCCAGAGACAAGUAUGACAAACCAAGAGCCAGAGAAUCCAUGCAAACAGGAUGAACCAGACAAACCUGAUAUCCCCGAGCCUGAUGUUCACAUGGAUGAAGGUGGGAUAAUUUGACGAUGAUGUUAGGUUGUGGAGGCAGACAGGCAGCAACAGAAAGAACUUGAAAGGCAACUUUCUGCACAUUUAGAAAAGACAGGCAUAGUUUUUCUGGAGUUACUUUCACAUAACAUUUGAUGUAGUAAUAGUGUAAUGUGGUUUUGCUUAUUUUUAAGUAUAAUGUAUAUUUUAGUUUGUAUAAUUUCCGUUGUUGUUUAGUUCACAGAAUCGAUUAAUACAAUGUUUAGUCAAACUGUGAAAGGUUUGAACCCAGGAGUGAUUUCAUAAGUAGGUUGAGCAUGAUUGUCUGGUUGAAUGUAGUCCAGAAUAGGACUGUUGUUGACAGUGACUGAUGUUUCGACAACCUGUGCAGUAGUCAUCUUUGGAGUCAAAGUGAGUUGUAUCACUUCAGUUGAUGGUAUUGACCUGAUUGGUCAAUUAAGUUGUGAUGUUAUCAGUCGUCUGUCAGUUAAGGCGUGAUGUUAUUGGCUAUGAAUACUCGUAAUGUCAUUGGUGCAUUUCGAUCCAUCUAUUAUCAUAGUUAAACAGUCAUGUAUUGUUAGUCAAAUUGUCGGUUGUCCAGUCAUUCUCUUGCAGUUAGUUUUGUUGGAGUCCAUCAAGAAGUCAUUUGUAUGGUGCUGAUAACAUCGCCACUGAAUUGAUCAAUCAGAUCAAUAACAAGAGUUUAAUACCAUCAAAUGACAUGAUGUAACUCACUUUGACUCUGAAGAUGACUACCUCACAGGUUGUUGACAUGUCAGUCACUGUCAGUCCUACUCAGGACUACGUUCCCCCAGAUGAUCAUGCUCAACCUACUUACGAAAUAGUUAGUCAGUUUGAUUUUGUUUUAGUCUAAUUUAUUAAAACAAUUCUCGUGAUCUUUAUUUCCCAUGACUGCUAACAGUUCUAAUGUCUAUGCAUUGCUAUUCUUGCAUCGUAAAAGAAAACAGAUUUUUUAGAGUAGUUUACAUUUUAUGUUUACAUCUCUUACUUUCAAAGUGGCCUUAACUUGUUUAAUCAACGCAUCAAUAACAGGUUUUCAUUGUUUACAAUCUUGGUAACCAUAGUAGUGACAUCAAUUUAAGUUAGUUAUCUGUCUCCUUUGGAUUGUUAAUACAUAGCUUUAAAAUUUCCUUUUCAAAGGUUGACUUUUUUGAGGUUUAGCUCCUCCCAUUUCUUUUCUAAUAAUCUUUCAUCUGCAAAACUUUGAAUCAAGGUAUGGCAAAGGAAGAAAAACUGCUCUUUAGUGGAGAGGAAAGUGCCUCAAGUGAACAGACCACUCACCUGGAGAGUGGAUUGCGCAUUGUUCAACUUCUUGACUUGGGUGGAAGUGAGAGUGAGAAAGAGAAGGACACAAGCGGUGGAAGAUCAUCUUCCUUGGCACCAAGUGAACAAGGGGGAGCUGGCACUCAAGAAGAAAUUUCUGCUGAGUCAUCCGAGGAAUCAAAGAAAAAUAAUGGAUCACUUGUGCCGCGUGUCACAGGCUUAUCCAGAAAGACUAGAUGGGACAAUGUCAGUAACACCUCAGAUGGUGACACUCCAGAAAGAGACCUUCCUGGUAUUGUAUCCACUUUACAUCUAUUGACAACAAGAGAGUACUUUAAUUAGGGUUCUCCAGAAAAUUUUAAAAGAGAAGGGGAAAAAUAAUAAGUAAACAGUAAUAUAUUAGAUUAAAAGACGCAGAGCACCUUUCAUGUGGCACAGCCACUUAUAAUAUUGCCUCUCUUCCAUUGUGGAAGUCUUCCCCUGGGAAAAUUUUUAUUUGGUGGUCCUGAAAACUGCAUUACCAUGAGUAUGGUAACUUUAACCCACAUUGGCUUCAUUGUAUAAUUUUAUAUCAUGUGUUUGUUUUUUCAACUAAAGUGCGAUGAAGCAAAUACAAAGGAUUUAGUAUCCCUCUAAGCAUUUUUCCAGAGAUUGGCCCAUGCUUCUGUGACAGCUAAACAGCGAUUUUUGCCAGUUGCUGUUGCUUUUGAAUAACCCCUGCAAUGCAGCUUAAAAUAGUGACACAAGGAUCUUUUUUUUGGACCAACAUUAGUUUUCUCCUAACAAUAUCCAUACAUCAUCAAGGGAAAAAGAUAGGAGGAUUUAUACAAUGAUCACCCAAAGGAAAAUGCUUUCAUCUUUUGUCAAAUUCUCUCUACUAAUAAAAUUAUUCUUUGAUGAAAUGUGUGGAGAUUAGUCUGAAGAAUUUCUGCGUGGACAUUGUGGGCUUACGGGAUUAAAUGUAGUUGUUAUGGGAUUGGCCAUUUGUGGGCCUUCAGAUAUCUUUUGAUAUACUAAGAGAUUUCUGUCAGAUUCAAAUAUUAUAAUAACCCUCUUCAGGGUUGUCACUAAGAUGUCAAGUGUUCAGGUAAAUACAACAAGAAGGCAGGGAAUCAAUCAGCUAGGGGUUUCUUUUGGUUCCAUUUUUCUUCUGUUUUGCUUUGAAAGUAGCCAGGGGCCACAUUCAUAGUAGUAUGGGGAAAUCCCUGGCCCCCGCCUCUUAAUACAGCCGUGCUUUUGUAGAACACAAUAAACAGUGACAGGGCAAACUACUGCAGUGUAGAUUUCCUUUGCAUGGUGACACUUAAGGCAUUACAGCAAAGAAUCCAAAUGUUAGGAUGUCAGUAGUUUAUUGUAAGGAGGUUACUGGUAAACCCACUGACUGAGUUUCCCUUCAUUGCUAACCUGAAAUUGUUUCAAACCUUCAGCUAGCUCAGGCAUCUUCAAAAGUUAUUCAAACAUUUAAUUCACUAAUAUAAAGAGAAUAGGGAAGGUCAUUGAAAUCCAGUGUAUUACUCCAACAUUCAACAAGGACCCUUCAUACAUUUGGUCACUUGAACAAUUUUAAACUGUGAUCACUUGAGAAGAGCUUGUACAUAAGAAGCUUUUUUUUUUGGAAUCUCAGCAGCAACUUUCAUUAAAUUGGUUCCUUUUUGUAACACUCCAGACACUUGCAUUCUUGUAGUACCAUAAGAACUAAUAAUAAUAACUGAGAGGGUGUAGCUCUCAUAGCCAUUGGUACUUUUAAUUAUCAUUCCAUCAUACUGUUUAUUUGUUUACUCUAGGACAUUGCUCUGUUGGUAUUAACUUCAAACAGCAUUAUUCCAAAACAACAGAGGCUACUCAGAAAACACAUCCUGAUACAACAGGUGCUCCAAGGGAACCUAAACCAAAGACUGUACGUGAUGAGGGAGACAGUUCAACUUCUGCUAUUAAGAGUCGUGUUUCUGUGGUUACCCAACCCUCUCAGAAAAGAAGAAGGCACAACAGUACAACGGAGGGAAGUGACUCAGAGGAACGUACUACUCCAUCUAAACGAAGAAGGCCCGAUAGUCAUGUGCGAAGAAGACACAGACGGUCCCCGGAACGACAUAGUCCUGUGGACAGUACAAAGAAGUCUAGCAGAGACAGGUCAAGAUCCAGUGAGAGGCGUCAGCGAUCUAAGCGUGAUCACUCGAGAGAAAGGAAAGUCUCCUCAAGGAUUGUCGUCAGUAAUCAAACAACAAAAGGACAAACAUUGAAGAUAACCAUAUUACAAGGUCAGUGCAAAAUGUUAUUACAAAGCAUGUACCUGGAUGGUAUUGAAAAAAGAAGUGAGGAUUGUAAUGUUCAGCAAUGGUAAAACAUUGAGUGAAUUAUUUCUCUUGGUCAGUGCUUUCUGUUUUGUAGUUCCAUGCAUCAAAAUUUAUUUUUGGUGUGAACCAGAAACUUGGGCAACUUUUUAAGCAUUCCUGCCUUCUUACACUUUUAACUCUCUUUUAGUCCUUCCAAGUUAUAAAUGUGCAAAAAGAGAAGUAUUAUUAAAAUUGAUAUUAAAAGCCACAUGUUUUUUUUAGGUGCAGUGUAUUUUUAAAAGUAAUCAUGAUGUUGCAUUUUUGCUUAGAUCCCGGUCCUAAGAAGGGAAAGGUUGAACAAGAGAAGUCCGAUCUUCUUAAAACACCUGAAGAAAGUCAACCGUCACAACAAGUAAUGAUGAGUAGCUUCCUUUCAUGAAUUAGAUAAUUUGCCACAGUGUACAGUGUUGAUAAUGCUAUCAUUCCAAACUGCCCAAAGUCCUAAAUCUGGUUUGCAUUGAUACUGAAUGAGCAAAACUAUCAGUGUGCAAAGAAAGUCAGUUUCUUUAGCUGGCAUGUACUAGCCCAAGAGUCAUUUAAACUAGCCCUUCAAUAUUUUUGAUGAGCAGGACUGAUUACAGUUCUUCUGUAAUUUGAAUUUCCCUGGCCCAAAAAACCUCACUUUCCCCUCGGGCAACUUAAGAACAAAAUUCACUAGCCCAGUAGCAAAAUCUACUAGCCCUGGGCUAUUGGACACGCCUUUCUGUGCAUGCUGACCAAUACAGUCUAAAAGUGCUGCCAAACUGGUCUUAUUUAGAUAAUUGGCUCUUUAUCUACAGACUCAAAAUUAGAACUGCUCACUUGUUUUAGCAAUAUCAACUCAAGGAGAGACAACAAUUAAGAUUGCAUUCUCCUGUUAUGUUUGCAUGGCUCAGGAUCGCUUGUGAGGAGACAGUUUUCUCAGAGCCCACAAUGCUGUGCUAGAAUAAAGGCACCUUAACGAUCAUCAACCAUAUUUUAUGUGGUUUAGAUGCUGAAUAGGGAGCGACAUGUUUUUAAUGAGUGUAUUGUACUUUAGAUAACACUGUUGUAGUGUGUUGUAUUAUACUGGCCCCAGUUGUUCGAAUGCCAAUUAGCGCUUAACCCAGGGUUACAUUUAGCCCUGGUUUCUUUUUCUUGUGUUCAAAACAUUUUCUCGGAUAAUUUUCUCUGUUAUUUUUAGAGCUUCCAAUCACCAACCUGUAGACAAAAAGAAUUGAAACUGAAAUGCUUUAUAAGCCCUCAAAUCUGAAUUCAAAUCUCGUACUAACCCUGGGUUAUCUUAACCCAGCUUUGAACAGCUCGGCCCUGGUGUUUGGAAGGGCUCUGUGUAGUUCAUGUCACCACCUACAGUCAACUCUCGCCUCGCAGACACGUCGCUAUAAUGGACACCUUGAUAAAACGGACAGCAGCUAAAUCCCGAACAAAAAUAAAUUACAGAUGUUUGACUGAAAUAAACUCCUGCUCUUACAGACUCUCGCAAAUGAGGACACUACCUCGAGGUCCCUACAGUGUCCGCAAUAAAGGGAGUUGACUGUAUUAAGCAAUUUCUGCAGAGAUUAUGUUACGAAUGACUCAUAAUUCUGAGAGUUUUAGGCCUGCUUGAUCUAAUCGUACACUGUAUUUGAUUUUUUUCCAUUUUUUUAAAAUUCAAAGAAAAACCCUCUUGCUGACAUAGAGUAUAGUGACCUUGAAGACAUCAGCCCAGGGAGACUCAGUUCAGAAGAUGAACGUCCAGCUACACCAGACACUCCAGAAACAGCAAUUCCUGCUGUAGACUUCACUCAUCCAAGCCUAGGCUUCUGGGCUGCACCAUUAGGAAACAAUGAGAUGGCCAAGCCAGCUGUCCCUGCUGUGGGUGUUCCUAUGAUUUCUGAGGAUGCACAAGUGACUGGAGCUGAUGACUUGCCACCUAUGACUAAUUUGUCUUACCUUGAUGACCAACUGCACUCUGGAAUUCAGCUAGAUCAAGUGUCGUAUGGCGUUGAGGAAAGGAGUAUUAGGGACGAUGCGAUACAAGCACCUUGGCCGAGUAAGUAACUUGGCUUCUUUUCUCAAAAGGUGGAUAACACCAUACAAUGGAUGAGUCUCUGUCUGCUAGAUAACCGAAAUUGGUUUCUCUAAUACACUGUACUUUUCCACUGGAUACUGAUAUUAGCUACAUCCACCGAACAAAAAUGUUCAACCGGAUGAAGAUUCGUGCGUUUAGGCAUUCCGUUUACACGGAUCCACCCUAACUGUACCAAAAGUUAUACGCCUAUCUAUUCUAAGUUCCCUGUGAACAGGGCGAAAAUAUUGAAUUGUCCUGUUUGAACAAAGUGCCAGGUCAAAUUUUUCAGCCAGUCAAAAAUUUGUUUGGUACCAUGGGAACUUAGCCUUCUCCACUUUCACUUUGGUACCAAUGUGGUGGCUUUGUAUGGAGCCCUACAUACUGAUGUGAAACAUCCCGACAAUAAUUGAAGUUGGAGAUGUGGCAAACUCCUGAACUUGAGAGUGACUUCUUUUUUAAUCUUCUCAAGUAUCACACUGCCUUGACUUCAUUUAUUGAACGGUUUUAGAUUUUGUUUUGUAAUUGCACGACCAUCCCAAUGUUUGUUUGUGUUGGUUGUCUUGUCUUUGCUCUGACAGUUAUCAUUAAUAUUACCUUAGCCUUAGUCGAGGAAGGUUUCUUCUGUCAAACUACAACCUCUGAAGAACGUGACUUACUAGAGAAGGGUGUGGAAGAAAAAGCUUAUCUAACUGAUGAUCGCUAUUACUCUGUGUCUUCACAUGAAAGUGGAGAGAAGUCCAGGUAUGUGUAUGCACUAUGCACAAGUCGUCAGUAAGGACGAUGAUAUUUUAAGUUUACAAGAUUUGCAUUGACAGAUCACACAAAUUUAGGCUGAUUCAGCACUAAGGGCCAAGUGUUCAUAGCACUGAUGGAACUAUAAAAGUAACAACUUAAAACUUUCAAAGAUCCCAAAAGCCAAAUGGAAGAGUGGAUGGAAGUGGAUUGCUUUUGGAUAAAUUUUUGAAAAAAACAGCCGCCUGAUUUUUCAAAGUUAUCUCAAUUUUUAUCAAAAGUGCCAUUUAUAAUGCAGGGAGUCAUCUUUGUCCAAGAGUCUUAUAAGGUGGUUCAGAUUCUUUAGUCUGUGGGCACAAUCCUGUGGUGUUACCAUUCAAAUGAAAUCUCUUCAGCAAUACCUUCGGAUGGUCCUAUUUUUUCAGAAUUUUACUAAAUGAAAUUUGUAAAUUUUGUUGAAGUUUGACUUGGCCACUUUUGGGAGUUUAAGGUUUAUGUGUCUCUUGGAUUUAAGUGAUUUGCCCCAGUUAAAAACCAACAUUUCUAAAUUCCAAUUCGACCAGAAAUCAGGAGAACCACUACGUAAAUGUGCUUCCUAUCUCUACCUCUAAAUUGUUAUUUAUUUAUGUUUGUGUUGUUUACGACAGAUAUGAUCACGAGUUUGCUCAGUCUGAGGUGUUUGACUAUGGACAUGGCCAUAGUGAAAAGCAGAGUACCUUACAAAGAAGCAGUGGCCAUACAGACUCAAGAAGCACACACAAGGUGAUCCAUGUUACCCAUAACCUAAACGUGCUGUUUUAUUUUCUAUCGGCUGUACUCUAGCAGCGCUUGGUUGCCUGUGGCGCCUAACUUUUGCUCUUGGACUACUAAAAAAUCUUACGUUUUUCAUACAAAUCAUAUGCUGGGCGCCUCGGAUUUCACAAGUUCAGAGCACUGGGCUUCCUUCCGUUUUUCUUAGAGCACAGCCUUGAAAACGUAAUAAACAUUGUCUCAUACGUGAAUCAACCUAUUAGAGGGUGUAGCGUGACAGUGUUUCAACAAAUGUGAUGAGUAUAAUGUAUUGUAGCUUCAAGACUUUUAUAAACAUCCAACAAAAACGUGUUAAAGACAUAAAGCUAUUUCUUGAAAAUUGUAUGGGGUUUAAGUCUCUGUGAGACAGGCACCUCAGGUAAGUCUCUGCUAAGUACUAGUGGGAUUUUGCUGUUACGGCAAAGCUAAUUUAUAGCAAAAACAGUGUAUUAAUUGGGAACAGUAUUUCAGUGUUCGUACCGAGUCUUGAAUUCUUGAAAAAGUCUUGAAAUGUGCCCAGAAAUUUCCCAGACCCGGAAAAAGUGUGGAAAAUAGAGGUUAAGUCUUGGAAAAAUGGUAAGAAGUCUUGAGUUUUUUGAAAGCUACAAGUGCGUCGCGAGUGAUAUUUUUUUGGUUUUGGUCAAAUCUCUUUAAAUCUCGCCUGCACUUCAUGGAAAAAGAUUUAUUCCUGCGUUUUUAACAUCUCCAUUGACCACCUACAUGUAUUUUAUAACCUUGAGUCUGGAAAAAGAAAUUAUAGCUUUGGAAAAAUUCUGGAAAAAGUCUUGAGUUUUAGAUCAAAAAUCUGUACGAACCCUGGUAUUUUUAUGUCUCCUAGUGGAGGCGGGACAGCCAUUGUACGUGGUCAUCCGAGCCAGAGUUCUUUCAUUUCUCAUUUAGUUGAGUGUUGGUCCAGCCCUGGAAAUGGAACUUGUGACCUCUUGCUCAGCGGUCAAGCACUCUACCAACUCAGCUAAUCCUGCUUUUCUAAACCUCCAGGAAAAUAAAAAAAACCCCAGUGUUUUCUAUCAAGAAAGUGUCCCAACCUCAUUUUAACACCAUAAUUAUUUCUUUCACUUUUCAGGAUUACAAACACCACUCUUCAACUCGAAUGUCACGAUAUUAUCCUUGGCAGACUCAUGUGGAAGAGAAGCGCAAUCAGAUGACAACAACUGGUGGAGAAGGCAGGUAUUUUUUGACUUGGCUACUUGUUGAAGGCCGUGUUUUUUUUCUACAGAGCACAGCACCGUCACAAAUUUAAAUUACUGAUAGCAUCGCAUAAAAGCACCGUCACAGUUUAAUUCAAAGAUUCUAGUAACCUUGUAUUUAGCAAAGAGAGGCUCAAAAUGAAAGUCAGCAACCUAUGACUGGUCGUGACUAUUAAGAUGCUUAGGUGCUGAUGAUUACACAAAGAGGUUAAGAAAGAGAUUAAUUAGCAGCCUUUUUCCAGCCAAAAUUGUAACCACUGUUUUUUUCCCUCUUACUUCAAUUUUAGGUUCAAAGUCAACCGCGCAAAACGUCACUGGAAAAAGUACUGGCUCUGAGAUGUCUACAACUCUGAUUGAUGAGAAUCCUGUUAAAAAAUUUAAGCCGGAAAAAGGAAUACUCAGCACUAAACAUGAUAACUCUGGUACUGCUAAGGUACCAAGUCUCAAUGAUUUGCCGGAAUCUGACAAGCCAAGAAAGUGGGACAUUAUGGUAUUUGCCUGGAUGGAUAAAUCCCAGUUCUCCAAUUGGCUGCGUAGAAAGCAGCAUGGAGCCAAACUGUCUUUGGGUGCUAAGGGUGUGAAGAAUCCAGUACAGUACACGGCAGAAACUUACAGGCGCUCAUCUGAACGUUUGUUGCGCCGAAUUAAGAGGCAGCUUAGACCGUCAAGUCGCAGCCGCAGUAAAUCACCACACAAGGAGGAGAGGCAGUUAUCAGACUGCCCUGAUUUUGACUUUGAUGAUUUGGACCUUGAAUCAAAUUUGCUUAAAGAAGAUGCUCAUUGUUCUGUUUCUAAGGAAUCUGCUCCGCAUACCACAAAGGAUGCUGCUGAGAAUUGCAAUGUACAUAGUAAUGCUCUCUCUUCACCCUGCACCGUAAAUAAUGAAGUUGUACAUAGAAGUUUGUCUGUUAAUGAUGAUAAGGCUGGUAAGGAAGCACAUCAUAUUGAUCUGCUUUGUGAUAAUGAAGGGCCAGUUUUAUCAGGAAGGGGUGGAAAAAAGGAGCCACUCACCAGCAAGGAGCUUGAUGAAGGAAGUAAAGGAAUGACAAACACCCAAGCUCAGCAGCGUUCAAGUGAACAAUUAAAUGAACGUAGGCCGAUUGAUUUGGAAAGAACUCUAGCAACGGAUGGCGCAGCCGGUAAAGGUGAUCACACUGAUGUGAUUUGUGAGAGUGAAGUUUUGCUUACAUCAGAGUGGAGUAGAAAUGACGAGGCAGACACCUGCAGGAACUUUGAUGAAGCAGCUAAGGAGGCAGCCAACACAAAAUCGGAGCAGGCUUCAAAUGAUCCAUCAAAUGAAUGUGAGGCAAUGGACGUGGAAAGAAACCUGACAAGUGAUGUAGCAGUUGGUGCUGGUAAAGAAUCGGAUGAUGUUGAUUUGAUUUGUGAUAAUGAAGUCUUGGCAAUAUUGGAAAGGUGUGGUAAAGAUGAAACACUCAGUCCUAAAGACCUUGAGGCAGCCGUCAAAAAACAUGGAAAGUCCUCUAAUGAUCAAUCAGCUGGUUGUGAGGAGACGGAUGCCAAGAAGACCCUGACAAGUGAUGCAGCAGUUGGUAAAGAUGAUCACAUUGAUCCAGUGUGUAAUAAUAAGGUUUCAGCUGCCAUGGAAGUAGGUGCGGAAGUUGAGUUACUCGCCAGCAGGACCCUUGAUGAAGCUAGUAGCGAUGCAACUGACACUCACGUAGAGCAGCUUGAAAAUGAUCUGUUAGCUGUAGAAAAAACGCUGUCAGGUGAUGCGACAGUUGGGAGCAUCUGUAAGCAGGACUCAGUAACUGAAUGUUUUAACACGUUGCUUGAUCCUGUCAUGGAUGAAAGCCAACCCCGUGCCAGUUUGAAUUUUCACGGAGAAAGAGACACGGGCUCAAAAAGGAUUAAUGAGCAAAAACUAUUUAUUAGUGAGCAAGGUGAAGGGUGCUCAGGAACCUACAGCAAGGUACCAAAAGCAAAGAAAUUGCAAGAUGAUUUUGGUGAGAAGCCACACGGCCAAGAUGUGAAGCAAACCGAACUAGAGGUCACCAUUGCUGCAAGGGGUGAAGAGGGGUCGUCAAUAAUGGGUGAUCAGGGAACAGUUACUAAAGAAGUGAAGGAAACUGCACAGACAAGCUACAAAGGAGGGGUUGACACAGGGGAAGGAAGUUUGAAUACCCCCGAUGACAAAGAGUUAUCUUUGACAGAAGAACUGGGUGACGAAGAAGCAGCACAAGAGUCAUUUUCCUGUCGUCCCCCUCUUCCUUCAUCUUCUCCUCCGCUUCCUCCUCCUCUUCCUCCUCAGCCUGCACCAUCGGCGUGUUCAGUGAGUGAUAAAAGUGUGGAAACAGUACCAGUUUGCCAAACCAAUAUGCAGCCCCACGUAAUAGUUGAAGAGACAAAUAACAUUCAAAGUACUCGAUCGGAGGAUACAGAUGCACUGGAGACCACUCCUGCCAACACUAGCCAAUCACCUUUUGUGGUAACCUCGGUUUUUAGUUCAGAAAAGUUCAGCCAGUACCUUUCUCCUGUUGAUGGAGCUUCGUCAAAAGAUCCAGUAGCGAAAGACUCGUGGCUUCAAUCCACUGCGCUGAAUACUACUACUGCUUCUUCACCUGCAUUGUUUACACCUCAUUAUCCUUUAAUAACAACUCCACCACCUCUUCCUCCCAGUUUCAUUUGGCCUAGAGUGGAUCAACCUGGAUCCCUUCCCAUGGCAGGGGUUGUACCAACUCAUGCUUCUCUGCAAGAGCCAAAUUAUAGGUUUCCCUCCUGGGCUGAUCAGGCAGCACCAGUGCCAUUCCCAGUUGGAUGUGUACAACGACCGUCAGCGGGUUCCGGUGAUAUUUGCCCUCCUGGCACUGAGGAUGAACAAAAUGUCAACAAGGCAUCAGGCCCUGCAGGGAUUGUUGCAGAUGAUGACAAGUCACAUGGAAACUUCAUGGACCACUCGCUCGUCAGUGAACUGAUGCAAUUUUACUCCGAAAUCAGUGAAGUUGAAGGAAAAGACAGCAACAAUAACCAAGUGACUGAAAAAACUGUCCAAAGCGUAAAGCACCCAGAACCAACAGAUAUGAGAAGUGAUAAAGAUGACGGAGCUACAAGCGAAAUGGAGAUUGAGUCUGACCUUGAAGAAGGCAGUGUCGUUGAUGUUUCUGAAAACAUAGAUUUUCAAGAAACCGAAGUCAGUGAUAAUGCGGUCCCUGAGACUGCAGAAUGCUUUGAUGAAUCAGUUGAACUUGGGCAGAAAAGAAAAGAAGUGGUGUCUACUUCAAACAAGUAUAGUACAGUAACAGAGGGCAUCUCAGAGUCAGUGGCGCAUGUGGAAAAUACAGCUGUUUGCCCCACUGUGGCUUCCAUGAUGGACACAGCAGUUACUGAGAAUCCCCUUUGCUUGAACACAGUGAAUUCAGAGCCUGUGAAAACUACCGCUGUCUCCAGCUUGGUACUUUCCACAGUGGACCCCAGGCUGUUGGAUGAUGACAAAACUCUGAAGAUUCCUGCCAUGGGUGCACAAACAAUGCAUGUGCAAGAUGUUCAUGUUCCCAGCCCUCUGGAUUCACCCAUCGACACCCCACCAUUGCAAAGUCCUGCCGUCAUCACCGAUGAAGUCUCUGGAGACAUCCAGCUGUCGACUCCUAUCGAUCCAGUAUUUUUUGCAAAUGUCGAAAAAACAAUCUUUAGCUCGAUCAGCGACUUGACAAACUUGUUGGGUCAGUCACCAGUGUUCGAUCGCAUCGCGGAAGAAGCCAUAACCUCAACAGUAUCGUCUUUGGAGGAUGUUCUUCUGCAAGCACAAAGCAGUUAUCAGGGGUCGAAUAGCUGCCCAUCUGACAGUGGUGUGUCUAUUGGUGAGGAUGUCUCUAUGCCCUCAGCAUUAUAUCGUGGUAUAUCAGUGCCAGUAAGUCCUCUUCAGGGGUCAUCAGACUUGAGAAGUGAAAAAAGUGGAACAAGUAGUGGACCAGACGGGAGUGACACAAGUCACUGCACCAGUAAAGGUUUGUUCUUUAGUUGUCAGUUUAAUAAUUCAGUUAAUUAACAGUUAAUGAAUGAGGCUGAGUAUCUUUGGAGAUCGAGGAGGGUGUUAUCCGUCGAGGCCGUAGGCCAAGGCGGAUAACAUCCUCCUGGAUCUCCAUAAUUCUUCAUAUGUUACGAAAGCCGAAUUCAAUAAUUGUUUUAUUAUUCAUUCAAAAUAAUUCUUAGUUUAAAAACAUGGCUAAAACAUGCUUACCUCCAUCGAUCCCUUUAUGUUAUGUUCAUCUUCAUAAUGCACGUUUAGGUUUGUCCAGCUCCGCAAAUAUUCUCCAAAUAGCAGAUGUCGCCCUUCGAGUUUUCUUCUUGCUGUUCUUGUCAUGUUUUGAGCUAUUUUUUCGCCUAGUUCUUACUCUUGAAACGAGUGAAACGUCAGCCAUUUUUUGUUUUCACAACCAAAACAACUCAACGUCGUCCCCAGGUCUUCUCGGUUAACGGUGACUUAACCGGCACGAACGCUGCAUUUUUGACGUCAUUUCCUCGUUUAACACCAAAUUCUUCCAAUUUUGGUCAUGUGUGUGCUUUUAGCCAAUCAGAAUCGGGGAAAUAUUUUGAAUGAAUAAUAACCUUAUUUAAGAGUGCAAAAAAUCGUAAAUCAAAACAUUACUGCGGGAAAGUUCUGCUCAGUAGCUCUCAUUUGAAAGGGUUUCACUGCAGGAUUUGAUCCACAGUCUCAAGUGUUAGAACUAUUCCCCUGAUCGCCUUUGAAAGUGAAAGGAACCCGAAAAUGGGAAUUCUGUCUUAAAUUUACGAAAAUAUCAAAGCAUUUUUUUCUGAUAUUUAUGUCUAGAGGUUGUACUGGCCCACCAGUUUCAUUUCACGAAUUUUAAGAAUCUUGAGUUAGACAGCAAUAAUCAAGUUAGACUGAUGUUCGGUAACUUGUAAUUGAAAGGGUUCACUUUGGGGACUGGCAUGCACAUAUUCAGAAGUUUAACUUUCCUCUUUUAAUAAACCAUUUUGCGUGACAGUGUUUACAUUUUGAUGGUCACUCGUAGAGAAUUUCCUACACAGACUGUAAGGUUUUUAAAUCAUUUAAUAGGGCUUGCCUGUUAUUAAUACGCUAAUAAAAAACUGUCAGAAAGAACUUGAUGGCUUAAGCAUCAAAGACCAGUGUUAUAUUUUUUGACAAGAUUGUUUUAUUGCUAAUGGCAUAUGUAAUCAAAACCAUUGGUUUUAUGUCAUUCUGCAGAUAACUGAGUUAUAAUCAUCGCGGUACCACAAGUUGUGGCCUUUCUAUGUGUGAGUACUAACCAGUCUGACUUAACUAGCAGCGUGCAUUUGUGCAAUGUUAUUGUCAGUUCACUUGCUUUUAGUGACUCUCUCACUAUUAUCUAGCAGUUUAAUGAAGACAAGAAUGCCAUCUAAUUUAUUCAAACCUCAACUCUUUUAACAACUUUUACUCUUAAUGAUUUUCAAUCUUGAUAAUGAUGUUAGAAACAUCGAAACUCCGGAUAACGUUACUUUUAAUUUCUUCUUGUGAAAUGCUUUAACAAGUAACUGACAAUUCGAUUUGUAAUGCCGCAAGAGUUUGCAACCAUUUUUAGCGCCUGUUCGUAUACUCUAACCACUCUUAUGGCCAAACAGACGUGGAAGGGAGCUGCCCAUCUUCUGCGCAGCUUUUCUUUGUGUCGGCGUCACGCAACGCUUCUCCCCACCAGUGAACGAGUUUUCAACUACUAGGUGAUAAAACAAAUAGCGAACUCUUAAGAAAACCAUUUUUUAAGGUUGGACGAAAAUCGUUGUACCGGGUAGAACGGUGAUGCCAUUAUCAUAUCUGGGAAAUCGUGGUCACCUUUUGUAUAACUACGUGGCAAACAUGUACGUCUACCUGUACCCGUAGAGAGAAACGGUGUAUCUUAGGCCACUACUGUUUCUGCCUACGGGUACGGGUAGGCGACCAUGUUUGCCACGUAGUUAUACAAAAGGCAAACAUGAUUUCCCAGAUGUGAUAAUUGCCGUUGUACCCGGUAGCCUGCCCGUUUGUCCAGGUUAAGUGGCACUCUACCGGUAUUUUAUGGCUACGCGUCCGGGUUAUCUUACCGCUAUACCAUAAGAUCUCUAGUACCUCUCCAGGGUACGCCCUUACCAAAAUGAUCAAGGACGUAUCUUUUGCAUGCAAAAAAAAGAUAGCUUGUAGUUCUGGUCCAAAUCUCACCAUUCUGGAUACCAUUAAUGAUGGUCUGUUUAUUUUGCUAUUUUUUCUCCAGUACCUGACAAAGAAACUGUACAAAAGAAGUUACCAAAAACCCGGAAGAAGUUUCAGUUUUACGUGUAUUCUCCUGAACAUGACAAAGAAUGUGAAGCAGUCAAGGUAAUUUCUGUACUUUUCUUUGCCUUGUAACUUCAAAUAGCAUGGACAGAUCUUUUAUUGUGAAACAAGUUGCUGAUUCCUUGAAUUAUAUAUGUCCUUGCUGUUCUUAGUUUACUAAUUUUGUCAUUUAUGUUUCUCUCACUUCACUGCUUGUUUUUGAGCUUUGAGAUUGAAACCAAAUAUUUUCUUUCAAAACGGCUUCAAGAGGGUUGUAAUGUUGACUUAACUCUUUUGUAUCGUUUUUGUCAAGAACUACAUGUUGAAAGCAGGGGGUGUGUUUGUGGACGUCAAGGAUUCAUCUUGUUUGCAAGAGACUGCUCGGGAGUUAAGAGUGCUGAUCAGGAAAAAACAUCAACCAUCUGUUCACAGGUAACAUGACAAGACAAAUCUAUCACUUCCAGAGACAAAUCUUUCACUUCCAGAAUAAGAUGAUGAAGUCUUGUAAGGUGGUUCUAACUUGCGAGUCUUUGGAUGAAAUCCUAUGAUGUGACCAUUCAAAUGAAAACCUCUUCAGCAGUACUUUCACAUGCUCCUGUUUAUUUAGUAUGAAGUUCUAACUUUUGAGUCUUUGGAUGAAAUCCUAUGGUGUGACCAUUCAAUUGAAACCAAGAGAGAAUGAUCAUUCUCUCUUGAAUGAAACCGCUUUAACAGUACUUCCACAUGGUGCUAUUUGUUUUUCAGCACUUAGCUAAAUUUAAUUUUUUUUUUUAAUUUUGACUUUGGCUACUUUUGAAAGUGAAAUUGAGGGUUAUGUACCCUCACUUGUUUAGCAUAUAAUACAACUAAAACCCUGUUUACAGGAGCAAGUGAGGUAAAAAAUCUUGUCAAGUUUUGUCAUUUACACGACGAAAGAAUUACCCUGGGUACCACAGGUUUUUACUCGAGCGCUUGGGGCGAAAUACUCCAGGGCUUCCGCCAGAGACCAACGCAUGGCCGAAACAACGAGCGGCAGUGAAACAGCGAGAGGAAAAAUAUCAAAGAAAACUUGCUCUCGAAGAUACACCCUAACGUACUCCUUUUUUCAGGUUGGCAAAUUUGUAUCAGUUGAAGAUGGCGUCGUCUGUCAAGUUUGCAUUGUUUAACACUCUAACUGGUACGCCUCUUUUCCAUUUUCGCACGGCUUUGUUUUAUGCUUUUUCUUCUCUGACGUGUGAUGCUGUUACUCUUUUAUGAAUGAAUAUUUCUUGUUUAAUCAAGUUAUGUUUUUUUCCAAUGCAGAUGUGGUGGAGGGAAGUCGUUCGUAUGAGAACAUCUUUGUUUCUGGCGGCGCCUUGCUUGCUGACGAUAUGAUUCUUAAAACCAUCGACAUCGGUAAAAAUACUUUCGAAAUGUUCGUUGUUGUAGUUAAUCAAACUGCAGAAAAUAACGAAAUGUUAAAACUGUGCAAUACCAUUUGCAUCAUAUUUGUUUUCGUCCCUUUCAUUUGCAUGAGUUAGAGGUGACGAACUGAAUCUCAACUUUUUAUGGUCCCCUAGCUGUUGCGAAAUCUGCCUUGGUUUUUAGCCACAAUAGUCAUGUUAAAUUUCUAGACUAGAAAAAAAUAAUUAGUGUUCCGGCCUUCUUCAGCUUCUACGAGAUUUGACCAAGAAGCGUUCUAAAGACCAGAUUGCCGACUACGUCUCUGUAAUUGAAAAAGGAUAUUAUAUUGAAAGGCAAAUAUUCAUGAAGAAAGAAAUGGCUAUUUGAAGCGAGAGCAAACUAAGACUCCGUCCAACCGAAUUCGGAUAUUUUUGAAGCCGCAUUUGUAUAUAUUUUUAGAGAGCUUUAGAUUUGAGGACGAAAACGAGUACGAGAAGGAGACUUUCUUAAUCUUGAGUAUUGCUCGCGCGUGAGCCAGCGUCAUUUUGGCAGGAAAACGUGAUAGCCGUCGUCAUUCUAGUUCGAGUAUUAGCGAGGAUGUCGCAGUGGUGGAAACGAGUUAUUAAAUGGUCCAAUUUUAUCAAAUUGUGAUCGGGAGAGGGCUUGACCUCCUUUAAUAAAGAUAACAGUGCUAACUUUUCUGGUGAUUCUAAAGUACGAUGAAGCUUUCCGGGGUAUCUAUUUUCUGAAAAUACGCGAAAAAACUUUAAGUCAAAUUUCAUACUCGUAGUCGUUUUCGUCCUCGAAUCUAAGAGUCUCUUUUUUUUUUCACGAAUCGGCCUUCCGUCCACACGGAACCACUGAAUCCGAAGCCGCAUGUUUUUUAAACCGCUCGAAUCCGGUUAUUUAACAAUUAUUCCUUGGGCUCUGAGUCAAUUCGGCCUCAUGGGCUAUUGACUCGAGAGGACAUGAGGGCGAGAGGAAUAAUUGUUUUAGUAGAAUCCAACUAGUUAGUCAAAAAUAUCGAGACAAAACAACUUUAGCUAGUUAAAGCUAGGCUUUAAUCCUUUUUUGCCGUCAAAAAGCCGGCGCUUUUCGCUACUAGUGGGCUAUAACAUAUAGCUAAGUAGUAGCUCAACCAAUCAGAACGCAGCAUUGAUAAUAGACCACUAGUGGGAUUUUACUAAUAAAAGAUAUGCGGUUUCAAAAAAUGCCCAUCCUCGGAGAGCCAGGGGCAGAUAGUGGGGGCGAGGGAAGCGGGUCUAAGCGAAGAAAAGUAAAAAAAUAUGGCGCGAGCCCUGGGGACAAAGAACGGCGAGAAGAGCUCUCAAAGUCGCCUUCUGGCCGUUCUGAUUUGCCAGAAAACUUUUUUUUUUCUGCCCAAUCAAAAGGCAGAACGGAGGCGACCGCCUGGUUUUAGACUCGCCGUUCUUUACUUUUUAUUCGCCCCCGUUUAGACUUUCCCUCGCCCCCACUAUCUGCCCCUGGGUCUCCGAGGAUGAAAAAUGCCCGGAUUCGUGUUUACGGGGCCUCUGUAAAUCUCUUAGAGAGUUGAUGUCAAAGUUGUUAUUCUCUGCAGAUUACCUGGCAGGUCUGUUACGUUAUCUUAAGGAACAGAGCUUGGCGCACCAGAAGUUUGUUUGGGUCUUGAAUAUCAGUAGAAACGGUUACAAGAGGCUGUCCAUGAACAGGUUAGCAAGUGUAUAGAGUUAAGGACAAACUAACGUUAACCUGACGUUAAAAUAAAACAACAACAAUAACGAAAGGAAUUGCACCUCUGUCGAUUAAUUUUGCUUGGAUUUUCACACCGUGAUAUUCUGUAUGCAGUAAAAGCACAUUUUCAAGUCUUGCUUCUGUUUUUGGAAUUUGAGACUGGUGAAGGUCCGAAGUGUUUUCUUACAUUGUUAAUAACAUUUGUCAUUCGUUUUUGUCGUUGCGUUUCAAACAGGCCGCUGUCGAAAAGAGACUCAAAGGCGUUGGUAAGUACGGUAUUUGUUUUCCUCACUUUUUUUCUCCUGAAAAAGUCUCCUCCCCUGUACUCUUCCCGUCUGGUACUCUUCCAAGCCCUUCAUUCUGUCUUCAAGGAGCAUUGCAUGACGACAUUAAGAACGACUGGAUCGCAUCGCCGCCCGAGAGUUUGCUGGCGUGAUAAAUUCAAGAUAAUUUCUCAACCUCGUUCCAAAAUUAACUUAUUCAUUCUCUCUACUCAUGCGCACAAGACGCACACCGUGUUAAAAAGGUUAAUUGCGUUUGGAAGGAGAAGCCAUACCAAUGACAUCAGAUCUUAACAGGCUGAGCAUAUGUAAAUUUGUUUGCCCUUAGAAUCUUCUUCGUCGAUACAAGGAUGAAGGCUUCAUCACAGUCCUUCCCAAGGUAAGAUGGCUGAAGUUUUGAUUACUUUUUUUUUUUUUGCAAAGUGCUGUUUUGUGGACGAGAAUCCAUCAAUGAACAAUUAACAGAAGAAACUGCUCACCACAUGUAGCGACGAGAUACAAAUCUCUAAAUACUCUAAUAAUUGUUUUAAAGAAUGAACAGCCUUUCAGUGGAAAAAAAAGCACGUUUGAAAAUGAGAUUAGAGACCUUUAGCAUUAGGUUUUUCAUGGAGAACCGCAAACUGCAGUUUUCAGUUGCGCGUUUGCAGUUUCUCGUUGCCGAGAUUUCAAAUGUUAGCAAGGCGUUCAUUGUUUAGUGCGGCCAUGUUGUUUUUCGUCAAGUCAAAGUGCAUUACUUUUAUCGCCCAAAAAAACAGGGAUAAUUCGAGUUCAAAAAUCUAACAAGCACAUCGCAGAUGGAUAAAGAAAGCUACUUCGUGCUUUUAGACGUGAGGCUGUACACUUUUUAGUGGCAAAAAACCUUGCCGUAAGUCACUUAUCCGCUGGACGUCCUUCCUGCCGUUCAAACGUGAACUGCAAACUUCAAACGCGACCGCAAGACCGUGGUCACGUGACAUUCUCAGUUUUACGGUUUGCGGUUUUCCAUGAAAAAUCUGAUGUUAAAGGUCUCUGUUAUCAAUAAUCAUAGUUGACUGGGAGAUUUUUCGCUGGCAUACGCAUUUGAGUCAACGCCACGUAGAUUUGCCCUGGUGGUUUACUUUGUGUAGUUUUUCCGCUUUUUGCCUGCCAUCUCUCCCAUCCCAGCCGCUUCUUGGUCCCUUUACGGUUCUGUGUUCUGUGUUCAGUAGAGUUCUCCUUCUUUAUCCUAUCAAGAGAUCAGUAUUACACAUUCCUGUGGGAGGUAGGGUGGUUGACCCUAAGGACUGUUGUCAUGGUUGUCGUCCCUAUUUGCAUUUUGUGCACAUUCACUUGCUUAUCGCCAACAGUUCUCACAAUUAGCACCCACUCCCCUGAUAAAUAUUGCCAAUCGGCAAGUUAAACGCAGCCCUUCAUGGGCACCCGCACCUUCGUGGGUAACGUUUCAUAAAACAAAGUUUAAUUUUACGCAGGGCUAUGUGACUGAAGGUAUUCCUGCAACUCAACGAUAUCUACAGACUUCACUCAAGCUGCAGAUUGAACUCAUCUCUGUCUACAGACACAUCAUCCUACUGUCAGGUAUGCCGGCGAGCGCUCAUUCACCCAACUGUGGUCAUCGCUUGUUUCGAUACAAGUCGUUUUGAUACAAGUUUAUCCUGUCGAGGUGUAAAUAGUUUAACGUACUUGGCUUAAACAGCGAAGAAUAUGAUCCCCCGAUGUUUUCUUGUUCACGCGCAAACUACACUUGAAGUGAUCAAAAUUUUUGUAUAAUGUUAGUGCUUAAGGUCGCAUUGAAACGACCGGUUUCCGUAACUUUGCACCUGUUAUUCGCCACUUUAGAAAGGAACUGGAGCCGAAAUGCGUCCCGCAAUUGAUUCUGGGAUCGUUACUGCUGACGCGUCGGUCAGCUAUUGGCCAAUUUUUUCCCAGCCCUGGAAACAGUCCCAGAAGUCUUUGCGAAAGUAAACUCGGCCCAUUUCCCUUCUGGUUUCAAAAGUGGCGAAUCGGUAUUACAUCAAUGGGAACGGUUUUUUGUAACAUCAAGCCGUUUCUUUUAUUUCAACAGAUAUGGACAAAGGCAGAGUGGAGGUACCGUGGUUCUUGGAACGCGGGGUAAGUUUAAUCAGAUUAUAUAACUUAAUAUCCAUACAGGACAAGUUAAGUAUAACUUGUUUUUUUUUUUUCUAUUGUAGAUUGGUGUCAUGAAUGUCCAAGAAUUCUUGACUACGUUUGCAGGGUGAGGUUUCCCUUUAUUGUUUCUAUGUGGGAAUCUGAGGCGGGCACAACUCUUCUCCAAAUAUGGUUACCCCAUUUGCAGUGACGUAGGCUUUCACACUAGGCUGAUUUAGCAACAGAACGGGAACGUCAUAUUACGACGGCGCGUGCAAAUCAAACAACUGGCUUGACCAAUGGCAGAGCGGCAAAUUGUGCACCGGAAGUCGAGUUUAGUCCUUUCCGCGCGCUUUCCCUGCUAAAUCAGCCUACUAUACCGAAUAGCACGAAAACCAUACCGGAUAGGGGUUCUGUUCACACACAUAAGAACGGUGACUUCGGUGGGCGCGAUUUCUGCAACGAAGCGAAGCUUAGCCGCGCCGAUCAAUAAAUUGGAGAUUUACAUGUCGGAUAGGUAUUCACACUAUACCGAAUAGGUUUUCGCGCCGGCUGUCCGGUUUAGAGUGAAUUUAGCCUUAGUAUGACGUAUUGUUUACCAGUUUGACACAAAUUUUUUACAUGCUUCAGGCGUCCAUUUCGGCAGGGGCUUUUGUUUUCAUAAGCUUGGUUCACUAAAUUAUCACCGCUAUAUAAGGGAUUUGAGCAGAGCUGGCACUUGUAAUGCAGCGUAUGUGUGUAUGUACGUAAAUCUUUAUUUAAACACGGGAAAUCAUCAGUUAAGCGCAAGUUAAAAACUAAAACUAAUUACAACUGCUUUACAUGAUUGCCGUGUGGGAAUCCGAUAUAUCAGCCACCUUCUUGAUAUUUGGCUUAAAAUGCUCAGCGGAUGCAGCAUUUUUCAAGUUUUUGGGCAAGUUAUUCCAUAACAUGGCCCCGCUGUAAGAGAAGCUUCGUUUCAAAUAAUUGGUGCUUGGUUUGGACAGGGUGAGCCUUCCCUCAGAGUUUCUUAAGUUGUAAGCAGAGUGACGCUGAGAGAAAAGACUUUGUAGAUAUUCCGGAGCAAGGUCAUUCAUGGUUUUAUACAUCAUUAAGGCUUUUAGUUUCUUUCGUCGAAGAGAUAGCCUAACGUAGCGUAUCCCUAACUAGGGUCUGACCGACCUUGGUCAUAUAACUGUAUUUUUAUUUCUUUCUUAUAGAGAGAGCGAAGCGAAGACUUUACUCAAUACACGGCCACACGUGUCUUGUUCUGAAACUUCUACAACUUAUACAGCGAUGGAAUGCAGUACUCCAGAAGGUAAUUUUUAUUUUGCCUUUUUGAGUCAAUAGUUUUUAAUCUUAAAGCCAUAUUACAGUAAAAACCCGCGAGUAAGAAAGUGUUAGGCUAAAAUUUGCCAGUUAGACCCCCUUUAUAAAAAAAAACCUGUUUUGCGUAUACUUUAAAAUAGGUUCUUAUCUUCUAAAAUUUAUAAGACAAUUCUGAACACUUAAGUAAGAUACUUCUGGCAAGUAAGAUAAGUCAACAUUCAGGAUCCUCUUUAGAGAGGGGGGUGCUUUAUCACUCCAACUGUAUUGUAAUGGUUUAAAGAUUUUACAUAAGCAAUAAGCUGAAGACCACUAAAUACCCUUAGCUGCAAUGUAUUUGUUUUUCUUCAGAAAAUAAGAGCGUAAAUAGCCUAAAUUUGUGCCAAUUACCAUUUAUUUAAGAACCUGUUCAGGCUAACUUGGGAAAAUGCGGGUUCUUACUCGCGGGUUUUUACUGUAUAUCAAACUUAUAUUCCAUGCAUUACCCUAAGAAGGUAACGCUGUGCGUUAGUGGCCCAUGUCUAUCGUUACUGCGCGAGAGCAUUCAAGGGAUUCGAGUGAAGUGAAGUAUUCGUGUUUGGGUGGGGUGGGGGGGGGGGGUUGUGAUAAAUGCUCGAGAUCUUAGAAAAUGUAUUUAGUUGACGCAAUCGGAGACUCCGCCACCCCCUAGAAAGAGGAAGGGCGUUGAAGUAACGGUUGUCGAAAGCCGUGUAGGUUGUUUUUUUCAUCUCCAUCAUUCCAUUCAGCUUCUAAGUUGAGUUUUUUUUAUUCUUUAUUUUAAACAGAUGAUGCUCCCUGUCCGACAUCAGAGGGCACGCCAAUGUCUGACUCCUCAACAGACAGUCCAAUUAUGGAAACAUGCACCACCCCGCAUCAAAGCGCAGAGGAACAGCCUCAGCUCGGCAGUAGCCUCGCCCCUCAAAAGAGAACAGUGCGGUCACUGAGCUGGGAUACUGGAACCAUGACUCAAACCAGACUACAGAUCCUGUCGUGUGUGAGGAGGGAACGUGAUAUCAUCCUUAAUCAGAUCAGCAGUAGUACUCCAUCCAGUCCCGUCAGUCGGUCCAUGUGACUAGACCGGGGUAGUCACCUUUAGCCUAUGCUCAGGGUGGCUACAUCAGGCCCGGAUGAUAUUAUUUUUCUGUACCUCUAAAUGCAGUUCGGUGUGACGUUUUGUUAAUGCCUGUGUUCAUGAAUUGCUCAAGGAUUAGAAGGAGUAUUUUUUCCCCUCCGUUUUGGGUUUUUUGGUUUCAUUCAGCAACGUAGCCGUUGGAUUUUGGCAUCAAGCUAACACGGUGAAGGUACUUUGCAUGACAGCGGAAGUAACAAGUACUUUACAGGAUGUCACACAUUGAAGAGACCAUCGUAGUUGAGUUAAAAAUUGUACCUUCACGAUGAUUUUUCGAAACAGAAAAGAGAAUUUAACGUUAAUGUUGAAGAGUUUUGUACAGUCUUUGUAUUUUUUCUCAGUGAAGGCCACAAAAUUUGUGAGUACACUCGUCUCCUUUGACCCUUUUUCCUAGCGUGGUUUUUUGUUUCCAUUUUAAUGAAUAUUUUUGGGGAAUUGAUGUAAAAAAGCAUUCGAUGAAUGAUAGAUGUGAUUAAUGUCGAUAAUUCAAUUUCAUAACAAAUAAGAUAUCAGAGUUCCUUCUAUUUUGUCUAAUUUCUUUAUGACAGAAACGUUUUUGUUCGUUCGACAAAUUUGUAAAUAAAAUUAUCAAAUUGAAUUUCUAUCUUAUGUACAAAUGAUUUUUUUUAAGUUGUAACAAAAGAUAUUAAAUUUUUUUGUCAAGAGCAAUAAUAUAUGUUAGCGAUUGUGUACAGAUACAGUCACAGAUACGGAUACAGCCACUAGACUCGCUGUUUUUCACGCUUUAUAUUGAAGAGUUA